AUGGAAAAAGCGAAGCUCUUAUUUGCAUUUUUCUGUGCUGCACACAGCACGAUGUAUUUUGUUCAAGGGGCUGGUUGGUCUGUUUGGUUGAACCGAGACUACCCAAGCGGAAAGGGGGAUUUUGAAACAACACGGGACUUCAGGAAGGAAGGGCGAUUGCCAUGUGAAACCCCGUCUGCAAUAGAAUGUAGGACUGUGAGGACCCAUAUUCCUGCUUCCAAAACAGGCCAGGUGUUUCAUAAAAAAGCUGCCUGUUCUGUAAUAGGUGGAUUAGCAUGUUACAACAGAAAACAGAAAAACCGUCGAUGUCUGAACUAUGAAGUGAGAUAUUUCUGCAAAGAAGAUGACAACGUUUGUUCUGAGCCAGAAUCCCAUAUACAGGAGCUACCUCGUGGAUGCGAACCUAGAACGUUUGAUGUGAAAAAAUGUAGUGAAAGCUCAUGCAAGAAUCAAACAGCUGAAAGGCAAUACGAUAAUGAACCAGAAUAUUGCUGUGGCCCAACUGCACAAGAUACAGUCGUUGUAAAAUGUGAAAAUGAUAUCAGCAUCAAUGUUGUGGUGACGGAACAAUGUGGCUGUAUUGUUUGCAACCAAGCUAAAGACCCAGAGACGGGUGAAGUGUCUACGCAAGAUACGUCCGUGGUUUUCUAUGGAAGGGCAUUUGGUGUUGAUAACAAUGAGCCACUGAUCUUUGGCGAGGUAUUACUGGGAGGUAAUUUGAAAACAUACACAGGGUUUACUGGUAACUUCCACUUCAGUGUACCACAAGGGCAGACACGAAUCGUUGUGCACGUGAGACCGAGUAGAUGGUAUCUGCAAAACCUUAUACCGGCGACAAAAGUGUUUCAGAUACCUGCUGGUCAUAUUGGAUCAUUUUAUAGAGACAUUCCUAUGAUGGAGAAGAAAAAGCCGACUCAGAUUGACCCAAGGGAAACUAAUCGACUUACAAUUGCAACAGUCAAAGAAGGCUCGGGCGAACCUUUCGUCCAGGCUCUAAUUCCACCAGGUCAGUUUGUAGACAGUAAAGGAAAAGUUUCCGAAGGCAAAGUCAAUGCUUUCAUGAACUUUGUUGACCCUAGAGAUCUUUCAUCAAUGAAUACAAUGCCAGGAGACCUAACAUUUGAGGAUGAAGAUGGUAAUACCGGACCCCUGGAGACUUCAGGAAUGUUUCGGUUGGGUUUUGAAAAAUUAGAUGGCACUGAAGUUACAUUUAAAGGCAGUGCUAGUGCUGCGAUCAGAGCAAAUUUCAUUGACCAAACCCAAGAUCCACCUGUACAACUGUAUACUUUAGAUGAAGUUUCUGGUCGCUGGAAAGAUCCAACCAAACUUGAAAGGGGAACAAAGGGAGAAUCGGAGGACAUUGAGUAUUUUUCAGAUAAGAUUUUUGAUCCCAGGGAAAAUCUCACCAAACUUGAAAGGGGAAAGGAGAGACAAAAGCGACAACAAUCAUCCUUUACUAGCACUUUCCUAGUGGGAAACACUGUCAUAACUGACAGGUACUGGCUGAACUUCGACAGACCGGCAUUAAAUUACUGUUUUAUAAACAUGAGGAUGUUUACAGAUGCGACAUUCAAUACAGAAAUACCAUGGACCUCUUCUACUGACUUGACCGUCAUUGCACUUGGUUCAAUGCCCGGAUAUGGACCAUCUUGGAACACGAUCACAACGGGAGGAAUGUCUUACGAGGGGAAAUCGGGCAUCAGGUCAAUCGAAAAUUGUAUCUUGACUGUGUGUGGAGCAACAAAUAUCCAUGCCUACUUGUUUGCUGAAAAUGAAAAUGGUGCAUUUUCAUCCUCAGCUACACUAGGAGGGAGUCCUCCCGAGUACUCUGUUGUUAACAGCAUCCCAGCAUUUACUGGCAUGGGCCCCACAACUUCACACAACAGACCAAUCGAGACUAAUGCUACUCUAGGUGCCUCAAUUUCCUUGAACACCGAUGGACCAGUCUACCAUAGCGUAAAUAACCUUUGCGAGAGUCCAGCAUACUGUAGCAGUAAUUGUCCCAAUUCAGCGAACCCACGGUGUUUCUUGUGUGAUUCAGUUAAAUGUCAAUAUCACGCCUGGUGGUCAUCAGUACGAUGUCAGGAGGCAACCCUUUCUGAUUCUCAUUACAGGUUUUAUAGAGAUCCAAAUACAUUGUACGAGUACUCAGUCUGUUUGACGGCACAGCCAAUCAUAGGAAUCGCACCUGUUUGUCCUGGUACACCAGCACUUUGGCCGUUGGCCUGGUUUCCCCAAGCGCCAACAGUAUAUUGGGCAUGGUACAUAAAAGUAAGAGUGUUAGUAGGCAGUUCCGGAGAUGAAUCCUCAGUAAGAGCAACGUCAAAAGAUAGCAGUACCGGGGACAUAUAUGGCAUACGUGAGGAUACGACUACAAGUAGGACAGUGUGCCUGGAGUUUAAAGGAAGUGGUCCUACGUUUCCUCCACCGGGGAGUACAAUUACCCUUGUUGAGAUUGAUGUUCAAGGCACCGGAUGUAGCGUAAGCAGUGUUCUUCCCGCUCUUGCCAGUUUCCAAGUUGCAACAAGCUUACAUCUGUUUGCAUUCCAACCUCCCUUGGGAUCAAGCUAUGGAGGAAUUUCUACUGGGUUAUACUUUGCUGAUGAAACUGCAAUGAACACCGCCAAAGACAUGGCAAAGGCAAGAUGUGAAUGCAGUGACAUAUCGUUAGGGAGUCCCAAUUGUGCUGCUCCUUUACCGACGACAGGAGUUGGUUUAACGGUGCAGUGCCAGCCGACUCCAUCUGGAUAA